AUGGCGGCGAUGCUCCAGCCUCAGAUCAUACUUCUAAAGGAAGGCACCGACACGUCGCAGGGCAAAGCGCAAGUAGUGAGCAACAUCAACGCCUGCACCACCGUCGCCGACACCGUCCGUACAACUCUCGGCCCGAGGGGAAUGGACAAGCUCAUCCACGACGACAAGGGCAACACCACGAUCUCUAACGAUGGGGCUACGAUCAUGAAGCUGCUCGACAUCGUUCACCCUGCUGCCAAGAUCCUUGUCGAUAUCGCUAAGUCUCAGGACUCCGAGGUGAUGAAAUUAGUUUUAGUUAAUUCUAUGGCUUUUGAGGGUUUGUCUUCUGGUAAAAAGGGUAGAUUUCCUGUGAAGUAUCAACUAAGGCACAGUCUUAGUUGUAGGCGGUUUGAUGUUAAAGAUUGGAACCUGUGUCAACUAGAUAUUUUUGCACGCCUUGUAAGUUUGAUUGAAUGA